CUGAGCUAAAGACAGACUUCUUGUCGUAACAUAUAUGACCUCGGCAGAAAGCUUCUUUGCUUUGUCUACGAGAGCAUUUGGAUCUAACACGUCUUGUCCCGGCCUGUGAAACAGCCAAUCGUUCAGUCAUUUUUAAGCGAGAAAAGUUAGUUUUGACUGAGUACAUUUUAGUUACCAAGGAACAACAUGAAAACAGCGAGUUUUACCAUCAUUGUGUUCAUCGCUUGCAUGGUUUCGCAACUGGUGCUUUCCGCCAACCGGUCGGUCAAGUCUCCAAGUUGCCUAUCUACUGGCUGUAGUGGCGUCCCUGGUGUCCCUGGGGUUCCUGGGCUCAAUGGAAGGGACGGAAAAGAUGGCAGAGAUGGGGGAAAGGGAGAAAGAGGAGCUCAGGGAGCACCAGGAAGAAUGGGACCUAAGGGUCCACCAGGAACUAAAGGAAAAGCAGGUGCCAAAGGAGAACCCAGUGCCCAGGUCUCCGAUCAGAAAAACUGGAAACAGUGCGCGUGGAAAAAUAUUAAUGAUGGGAGAGACUAUGGACUAAUAAAGUACUGCUCUUUUGUUAAGCAGUAUUCUGCUACGGCCUUGAAAGUCGAGUACAAUGGUGAUUUCAGAAUAGCCUUUUGCCUGGAUUGCUGUAAGCGCUGGUACUUUACUUUCAAUGGUGUGGAAUGCAAAGGUCCCCUCGCCAUCGAUGGUAUCUACCACAUUCACGUGAAUAACCGUAAAACAGACUACAACGUUCACAAGGUAACUCAGAUUGCAGGUUACUGUCAAGGAAUUCCAAAAGGUACCGUGAAAGUCGGAAUAAACGUCGGAGACUGUGUGGGAAAGAAAUCAGGAUCUGAUGCUUAUACCGGGUGGAAUUCUGUUACUCGUAUCAUGAUCGAGGAAGUCCCUCCACCACAGCACUAGCUGAAGGAUUACAAAGAGUCUAAAGGGAGACAGCGCCUUGAAAAGAUUGGCUAUUAUAGUUUAGUUUGGGUGACGCUACAUGGCUUUUAGUGUAAUAAGGCCGUGAAGGAAAAAACGGCUUCAUUGGGAUUAAAAUGUUUUCCAAAGCACAA